GGUGGAUCAGUGUUGAGAUCUUUGAAAACGAAGUUUCUCAAUUAUUAAAAAAACUAAAAUUUGGGUGGAAAUCAGAUCCAAGUUCUGGUAUAUUAAGGUCGUAACACACUAUCAUCAUUUGUAUAGUACUAUGAUUUGCUUCACCACUUGCUCUCCUCUGAGAAUAUAUAAAUCUAGUUAGAUCAUUGUAUCAUUCACUCCUCGACUAGAUCCGGAUCUGGAAAUUUCUCCUACUCUCUUCUGUUCAUAAAGUAGCAAUCUUGCGAGAGAUCUAAGACCCUUUCUCUGGUGCAUUUAGCUAGGGCUUGUGCCGUGGGUCUAGAGGAACAUGGCAAUGGGGAGAUAUUCUCGUGUAGACGGGAAGAAAUCAUCAGGCUAUGGCUUAACCAUUACCAUUGUUUUGGUUGUUUCUCUCUCUUUGGUUGGUGCUUGGAUGUUCAUGUCUUCCUGGUCUGCUCCUACCGAGUCUGUUUUCUCUUCAAGCCAGACUACAAAAGAUGUGGAAACUACUACUAAGACUGAUUCCACUAAUCAAGAAGUUGAUCAGACCUCCAAGAGUUUUCCUGAUGAAAAGAGUGAGGAGAAAGAAGUUGUGACAGAGAGCAACGAAGAGAAGCCUGAACCUGAGAGCUCUGGUGAGAAAACCGAGCAGGCUGAGGAGAAAAAGGAAUUUGAAGACAAAAAUGGUGAAGGGGAUAGAAAAGAUGGGGAGGGUGAGAAAGACACGGAACCAGAAAGUGAUGAGACGAAGCAGAAGGAGAAGACACAACUGGAAGAGAGCUCAGAAGCAAACAAAUCCGAGGAUGGUGAUAAAACCGAAGAGAAUGCUGAAGAAAACACCGAGAAAAAGACUGAUGGUGAAAAUACUGAAGAGAACACUGAGAAGAGUAGUAAGGAUGUCUUCCCAGCUGGAGACCAGGCUGAAAUUACAAAGGAGUCAAGCACCGGAAGUGGGGCUUGGUCUACCCAAUUGGUUGAGUCGCAGAACGAGAAGAAAGCUCAAGUCUCUUCAAUCCAAUGGAAAGUCUGCAACGUGACUGCUGGACCAGACUAUAUCCCUUGCCUUGACAAUUGGCAAGCUAUCAGGAAGCUUGCUAGAAAGCAUUAUGAACAUCGUGAGAGGCAUUGUCCCGAGGAAUCUCCACGCUGCCUUGUUGCUCUUCCUGAAGGGUAUAAGCGAUCCAUCAAAUGGCCUAAGAGCAGGGAAAAGAUUUGGUACAACAAUGUUCCUCACAUGAAGCUUGCGGAAGUCAAAGGACAUCAGAACUGGGUUAAGAUGAGUGGUGAAUACUUAACAUUCCCUGGUGGUGGUACUCAGUUCAAGAACGGUGCUCUUCACUAUAUCGAUUUCCUGCAAGAGUCAUAUCCUGAUAUUGCUUGGGGAAACAGAACCCGUGUUAUACUGGAUGUUGGGUGUGGUGUUGCUAGCUUCGGAGGAUAUCUUUUUGACAGAGAUGUGCUUGCUUUGUCAUUUGCACCCAAAGAUGAACACGAGGCUCAGGUGCAAUUUGCUUUGGAACGUGGUAUCCCUGCAAUGUCAAAUGUUAUGGGAACAAAGAGAUUACCUUUUCCAGGAUCUGUUUUCGACCUUAUCCAUUGUGCUCGUUGUAGAGUCCCUUGGCAUAUUGAAGGUGGUAAACUACUUUUGGAAUUGAACCGUGCAUUGAGGCCAGGUGGUUUCUUUGUCUGGUCGGCGACUCCAGUUUACAGGAAGACCGAAGAAGACGUUGGCAUAUGGAAAGCUAUGUCAAAGCUCACAAAGGCAAUGUGCUGGGAGUUAAAGACAAUUAAGAAAGAUGAAUUGAAUGAAGUUAGUGCUGCCGUUUACCAAAAGCCAAUGACUAAUGAAUGCUACAACAAAAGAUCUCAAAACGAGCCUCCUCUAUGUAAAGACUCUGAUGAUCAAAAUGCCGCUUGGAAUGUUCCACUUGAGGCAUGUAUGCACAAAGUGGCAGAAGAAUCAUCAAAACGCGGAGCAGUGUGGCCUGAAAAAUGGCCAGAGAGAGUAGAGACUGUUCCUCAGUGGUUGGAUUCUAAGGAGGGUGUAUAUGGAAAACCUGCACAGGAGGAUUUCACAGCAGACCAUGAACGCUGGAAGACUAUUGUUUCAAAGUCAUACAUCAACGGUAUGGGAAUCGAUUGGUCGAAUGUGAGAAACGUGAUGGACAUGAGAGCAGUCUAUGGGGGUUUUGCUGCUGCACUGAAGGAUCUGAAACUGUGGGUGAUGAAUGUAGUUCCCAUCGACUCACCAGAUACACUUCCAAUCAUAUAUGAACGUGGUUUGUUUGGAAUCUACCAUGACUGGUGUGAAUCAUUCAGCACGUACCCUCGAACUUACGACCUUCUUCAUGCUGAUCAUCUUCUCUCUGCACUGAAGAAGAGGUGCAACUUGGUGUCGGUAAUAGCUGAAGUGGACAGAAUUCUAAGACCACAAGGGACUUUUAUAGUAAGAGAUGACAUGGAAACUAUAGGAGAAAUUGAGAAGUUGGUGAAAUCUCUGAAAUGGAAUGUAAGAAUGACACAAUCCAAAGAUGGAGAAGGGUUGCUCUCUGUUCAGAAGUCAUGGUGGCGUCCUACAGAGGUCGAGACCAUUAUAUCGGCAAUAGCAAAGGAAGGAGAGGUUUAAAAAUAGUUUUAUGAGUACGUUUUUUAUUUGAUGAUCACGUUGAUUGUUUACUUGUAUUAUUAGUCCAAUAUUUUGUAUCCUUUUUUGCAGUGACGAAAAUUGUAUACAAGACAGUUGUCUCAAUAGUGUAAACUUUUAUGAGUUUUUGAUUUGGUCCUAAGUUCCUA